AUGGGGUUCGAGCCCAAGAUUAGCAAACUUGCCAGAUCGCUCACCGGCUUCAAUGGGGCCACAUCAAUCACUGUUGGAACGAUCGACCUGGAUGUCCACUCACCCCCAGGGUCUGCUCGCAAACCUUCAUGGUCAUCGACGAGGUUUCCCCUUACAACGAAAUCUUGGGCCGACUGUGGAUCUGCAAGAUCGAGGCCAUCACAUCUGCUCUACAUCAGAAGAUCCGCGAUCCCAUCCCUAAGGGCGGGAUCGGGCAGAUCAACAGUGACCAAGUCAUGGCAAGGAGAUGCACAGCCUAAGGGCUCAAGAAGAGCAAGCAACUGUAGUUCACACCAGUAA